AUGACUCCGGACCUUCUCCACCAGAUGCACAAAGGUGUCUUUUCAGAUCAUACCUCAAAGUGGGCACGCUCAUCUGUUGAAAAUGGCGACAAUGAGAUUGAUGCCCGUUUCUGCGCCAUGCCCACUCAUCCAUCCCUCCGACACUUCAAAAAUGGUAUUUCCGGUGUUACCCAGUGGACGGGUGGAGAAUACCAGUCUAUGGCAAAGGUCUUUCUGGGAACUGUCAUGGGUGCAGCUGAUGAUGGUGUGUGGGCGGUGCCAGGAUACGUUGCAGAAUUAACAGGUGAAGAAGAAGCUGAUAAUGAGGAUGAGGACAAAGAAGAGGCUGAAGAAGAGGAUCAGGACAUUACCGAAUACAAAGUUGCGAAAAGACCGCCAUUACGGGGUACUGUGACUUCCAUAGAGAAGGAUUAUGAUGCUGAUUGGUUCAUUUGGUACCUGAAUGAGUUCUUCACUGACUACUCCAUUGAUCGUGCUAACGGAGACCCACUCACCAAUGACACUGUCUUUCCGAUCUACAAACAAAUACGCCUCAGUCUUCCAUCUCUACCAGAGGCUUUAUCCGAAAACCAAAUAGAUGUUGUUCAUGCUACACAUGCGGAACCGGAAGUUUGGACAUGGAAGGGCUUGACACCUGCGAAGCCAGCAUUGACAAGUACUGUACUUGUUUGA